AUGUCUUUAUCAGAUUUGAAACAUACACUACGGAAAUUUGAAUUUCCAAUCUGCGCCAGAGAAGCGCUCAUUAGAAUCGAGCAAUUACUGGUGGGUCGAGCAGCUCCAUCGACCAAACAGCUAGAUAUAGCAAUGGACAUUAUUUCUGAGUUCGUAUUCUGUGAAUCUGAUCGCCGUGGUGGACGUAGAGGGGGAGGUUUAACGCCACUUCAAGAGUUACAACUCAUAGAGAUAAUGUGUGACUACUUAUCGGCUUGUACGAAUGAAACAACAAAGAAUACAGUUUUUCUGUCAUUGUUUGGAGGAAUGGAGAGUCAAAGGCGGCUAAAAAUACUAAGCAUACUUGCCAGUAUGGCUGUCUCAGCGUCUAGUACACCAGUGCUGCCGUCUAGUACUCCGGCAGCAACAUCUAGUACUCCAGUAUUGCUAGCAGUAGGUGUUUGGCUACAGCAAAUGGGCUGCUCAUCUGUCCAGUCUCUGCAAUUGGUUGAGAAUGUCAUUAGAGACCAUUUUAGUCUCAACACAUCCAAUCAAGUUGCAUUGAGAUCUCUGGCCAAUUCGGCACCACAGUUUGUUUCAAAUUUCAUCACAGCUGUAACAGAAUUGUACAUGCAUGACAUGCAAGGUACAAAGAAGUUGCCUCCUAAAAAUCUGUUGGAAGUUAUCACAUCAUGGGUUUACUCAAGCCCAACUUUAUGCAUGUCUGCACAAUUAAAUCCAGCAGCAUUGCCGAGUGGUUCUAUACCAAUGGCAGCAGUGACACCGUUAGCAGGACUCAUACAUUGGUGUGCAUUGGCUCCACUUUAUAUUGACGAAGAUUCAGAAAUGGUUGAGGUUCCAGUGCCUGCAAAAAAAAUUAAAUACGAAGGUGAAAAAGAGAGGACUAUAGUGAAGACUGUCAACAAUAACCCAUUAACAGAAGCGGAGUUAUAUAUAAAGCUGCAUUUAGGUGUGUUACAUAGCUUGCGUGCGGGACGAAGAACUCAUGGACCUCCGACUGCUGUUAAUGCGCAGCAUCUAGCCGCGCUAGCACCACUAGUUCAAGCAUAUGCACAUAAUGUCCUGGAGAGAGGAGGUAAACUACAGCAUGAUAAGAAGUUACAGGACUGUCUCCAUAGAAUAGGUCAAGCAGUUCAAGUGGCCUUGGCUAAUGGAUGUGUAUAUGGUAAUAUCAGCAAUUUGCUAGCUGCCCUGGACACAUUACCAGAGAACAGAUUACUAAGAAUCAUCAUUAAGACUCACCAGCAGGUAAUCUGA